CUUUGGGAUCCUGAGGUCCUGCACCAGGGCCCAGCUGCUACCGCAGGUCCCCAGGGCGCCCACGCCAGCAACGCAGAGGAGGAGACGGGGUCUGAGCAGCAGGCAGCUGACCCGCGCUGGCCCGUCCACUUGGGGCAGGGGCAGCGGGAGCAGGUCGGGGCCUCCAGAGCGGGGCCCUGUCUGUGCUCAGAAAAUGGAGCGCUCGGACUGGAGUGGAAGAGACUCGCUGGAGGAGGUCUGCCCACGGGGCUGCCGAUGGACCGCGCACUACAGAGAACCGAUGGACUGUCUAUAUCAAAGUACAUUCUACUUCCACUUUGAAAACCUGCCCAAUGCUGAUGGUCGACACAAGACCUUCCUGUGCUUUGAAGUAAAGAAUAGAAACGAAGUCCUUCACAAGGGGUUCUUUCUAAACCAGCCCAGCCCCUUCAGACUCCACGCAGAGCUCCGCUUCCUGUCUUGGUUGCACGACACCUGUCUGUGCCCUUAUGAGUACUACCAGGUCACCUGGUACAUGUCCUGGAGCCCCUGCGUGGAAUGUGCAGAAGAGUUGACAACAUUCCUGGCUGGUCACCGCAACGUAACCCUGACUAUCUAUGUCGCCCGCCUGUACUACCACCAGUUCCCCGUGUAUAAGAACAGGCUUCAAGCACUGAUUAAGAAAGGGGCCACUGUGAAAGUCAUGUUUUUUCGAGAUUUUUUAUACUGCUGGAGACGUUUUGUGUACAACGACUUCAAGCGCUUCUACGACUGGCCCAAUCUCCAUAAAAAUUCCCUCCACUACUAUAAGACCCUGCAGCAUAUUCUCGAGUGAGGAGACCCCAUCAGCUUUCUCCUGGGGCGCCCGACGUCCUCUGUCUUACCCGCUGAGGUUGGAGGCUGCUCCGAGCCCCUCUCUCCUGCCUUCCCUUUGCUCCCACUUCCCCUCAGCAUUCUCCAUCCUCAUCUAACUCGCAUCUCCCUAAGGAGAAUCAGGCGUCUCCAGCUGCAAGGCAAGCUCACCCGUCCUGUGAUCACACAAGACUAUUAUGCAUGUAUUUCUAACACCACCCUCAGCCCUGGCCUCCACCGGACCUGAAUCUUGUUCUUACACUGAACAUAAAUGUGUAAGCAGGAAGAUUUGAGGAACAGCCCUCAAGGCAGAAAUGCGUUCUCCUGUGCUCUCAUACUUUGCAAUUAAAGCCUUAGCCUGUA